AUGAGCAAACUCUCUAACUUCUUCCUCGGAUACCUAACUUGUUUGCCUUCUGACCUGGAUGCAAUCUUCGAUCUCUACCUUCGCACCCUUCCCAAACUCGAAAUCCCCCUUCGUCUGCCUACUCCCGACAAAUACAAAUUUACACGGCCGGACACCUCCAAUGUCAUUGUUUUUGAGCAACCCUCGUUGACACCCUCCAUACGGUCGCCCAACCUCGGCAGCGCCCAGGCAGGUUAUGCAGACGACCUGCUGGAAGACGAUCUCGCCGAUCUCGGCCUGACGGACGAGGAGGAUAUGUUCGCUUUG